CGGUCUCCCGUGUGGGCUCUUCAAGUCUUCACGGAGAGUGAAUGUCGUCAUGAGCGAUCAAAAGGACAGUAUGGCCACCACUGUCGCAGUCAGCCCCAGUGAAUAUCUUCAGCCCUCUACCACCACUUCUCAAGAUUCACAGCCCUCCCCACUGGCCCUUCUGGCAGCUACCUGCAGUAAGAUCGGGCCUCCUGCUGCCCAAGCCCCAGUCAGCACGCCACCGGCUCAGCCAACCACACGGCGUCUGCACCCCAUCAAGCCCGCCCCUAUUGCUCCGGCUCCACCCAAAAACCUUGGGUUCCUCUCAGCAAAAGGGAAUCUUAUCCAGCUGCCUGCAGGCCUUGGUUCCUCAGGGGCCAGUCCCAUAGUCUUCACUAUACAGAGCCCUUCACGCCCGGCAGGCACAUCCACUCCCAACAUCCAGUACCAGGUGAUUCCUCAGUUCCAGGGGUCUCAGACCAUUCAGAUGAUGCCUCAGGGAGGACAGAUCCAGAUCAUCCCUGGAACCAACCAGGCCUUUUUCACCUCACCUGUAACAGUUCAGGCUGCCACACCCGCCCCACCACCUUUGGCUCCAGCGCCAGUUACGCCACAAAAGACAGUGGCGAUCAAGCCAUCCUCACUAAAGCGUCGACCGAAUAAUGCAAAUGCUAAUGUUGUACGACUUCCUAGUGGACUCACGCUGCCUCUCAACGUUACUACGGGUGAUGUGGGAGGAGCUCAGGUUGUCACAGAGACUGCUACUGCUCCAGUGAAGGGCAAGAGGGGAAGGAAGAGGCAGGUGGCUGUAGCCUCACCCACACCAGCACCUCAACCAGCCUCACCGCCACCAGUGGCAGAGCAGGUGGAGGCAUUGCUAAUAGAGACCACAGCUGAUAAUAUAAUUCAGGCAGGGAAUAAUCUCCUGAUCGUGCAAAGUCCAGGGGGGAGUCAGCCUGCUGUGGUGCAGCAGGUGCAGUUGGUUCAGCAGAAAUCAGACCAACAGGUUGUUCAGAUCCCCCCGCAGGCAUUAAAAGUGGUACAGGCCGCCUCUGCCACACUUCCCCCUGUACCACAGAGACAGACAGUCACCCCCAGUGUGCAAGUUACACCUCCAGAACCCACACAGGUGCUGAUUAAAACAGCCUCAGGUGAAUGGCAGGCUGUACAGCUACAGGAGGCCAUGGUGACUACACCAACCUCAUCAGCCAGCACCCCCACACCAGCAGUGGUCUCUAAAAAGGCCCAAACAGGGACACGGAAAGAGAGGACUCUUCCUAAGAUUGCCCCGGCUAGAGAGGGUCUGAUAACACUGAAUGCAGCCCAGCUAGCUUCUGCUGCUCAGGCUGUUCAGACCAUCAGUAUUAAUGGUGUGCAGGUGCAGGGUGUUCCUGUAACUAUCACCAACGCCGGGGGCCAGCAGCAUCUCACUGUGCAGACGGUUCCAGGUGGGGGUCUACAGCUGGGCAGUACCCAAACACAGACCAUGCAGGUGGAGCAAGCACAGACACUCGCAUUGGAAUUGCACAGUCAGCCUGGAGAAAAAAAACGGCGCAUGGCCUGCACCUGCCCAAACUGCAAAGAUGCAGAAAAGAGGCCAGGAGAGGUGGGGAAAAGAAAACACAUCUGCCACAUAGCAGGCUGUGAAAAAACCUUCCGAAAGACAUCCCUACUGCGGGCGCAUGUCCGGCUGCACACUGGUGAGAGACCCUUUGUGUGCAGCUGGGUCUUCUGCGGAAAACGAUUCACACGCAGUGAUGAACUGCAACGACACGCCAGGACACACACAGGAGACAAACGUUUUGAGUGCAAUAAGUGUCAGAAACGUUUCAUGCGGAGUGACCACCUCACAAAGCAUUACAAAACACACAUCAACACAAAGACCCUGUGAACAGCUCCUUUUACCUGGUUUCAAGAACUUUGGGGGGGAAACGCUCUUCCCAGGGCUUUGAAAGAAGGGAGAAAACAAAGAGGUCAACCCCCUUCAUGUGUACGAUAUGCCCCUGGAAAGUCACCUGUUAAUACCAGCCAUUUCAGACUACACUCCUGCUGUCCCCUUUUUUAACUUAUACUCAUUGUCAGAGAAAGGCUGGCCAGCUGCACGUGUGGCCCUUACCUGAGAUACAAAGAACACAUGGAUACCAGUUGUGUCUGGUUGAUUUCUUCGUACGGAGUGGAAAGGAAGUCUAUCUCAGUUUGAACUACAGCAUCAACAAACACUCCAGCCAAAAAAAUAUCCUUUCCCGUCUCAUUUCAAAUUAUUCACAUGUAUGUUUUUGGUUAUUUUAGCUAUCGUGCCCCCUCAGUGUUUCCUGGCUAUUAUUGUGUAAAUGUUUGUUUUCAUACAUUCAAACAUACAUUUUUACAUACUUUGGCAAAUUUUAAUUCAGAAGUAACUCUGUGGACAAACUCUUUAACCCAUUUGAAGUAAUUUAAGUUGUUGAAUGAAUUUUAUGGCUGAUUUAGACUUUUAAACAGAAGCUUGAAAGUUAUUAAACAUGAUUCAUAAAACCUUGGUUGAUUGGAUUUUAAAAAAAGAUUUUUGUUUAGGCUUUUACAUACUACUUGGUUUGACAAUUGCGUUUUGUGUACAGAGGUGGUAAGGUAAAUAUCAUGGGACUUGCUACAGGUGUAAAGGUGGUAACCCACUUUUUAUCACAUUUGAAAUAAGGAAUAAUUUAUAUUUGAAAACAUGUCUGUUUGUUAAGAUUGUUUAAGUAUCCAUGCAAAAAUGUAGAUAAACAAGAACUCAUGUUUGUUUUCUGAAUUCAUGAAACAGGACAAAAUUUCUGUGGUGAUAUCGGUCUGAUCGAUUCUGGUUGUGAAUAUAUAAAAGUUUUUAUUUCACCUUAUGUGCAGUUAAACCAGCUACAAACUAAUGGUUUGUGAAAUAAAGUCAUUCCAUUUAAGUUAAUCUAAAUUUUUGCACAAGCUCUCUUAAAGAGGCCUUAAUAGGAAAAAAAAAUUCUGUGCUCAUGUAUGUAUGUAUAGUGUCUAAAUUCAUACUGUUGUAUUUGGGCAUAAAAUGUAGGAUAAUUGUUACACAAAUGUGCAUUGGCUUGUGCUGCCGAUCAUGAAUGAUGUGGACUGUGUACAGUGUAAAUGAGAAGAAAAAGCAUUGUAUAGUUUUCAUUCCUAUAAUGUGCAAGAUUAAUAGAUUACCCUUUUUAUUAACUAAAAGGUGCCUUAGUCUGCAGCACCCCGUAUUUAAAGAGAUUUGUCUGUAUUUGUAGAACUGCUUUAUUUUUGGUCUAACUUAUGAAGUGUUAAGAAAUGCCAAUUUAUGUGCACUGACCAAAUUCAGGGGUUUCACUGAGUGGAUAAGUUAAUUAUUUGGUUUAAAUACCUUUUGAUUUGACUGAUUUAAAGGAGUCCUUUUAUCUUUCCUUGAUAUACCCCAUCUGUAAGGAGCCCUGACUUUGAACAUUGGUAGGUAAUCCUGUGUUUGUAUAACCUGUAUUAAGGAGCUUAGACCAGAGAACUUGCUAUCUUUUUCUACAGUCAGACCACCUCUCCACCUCACCUAAUAAAGCAUAACACAACGCUCUGA